AUGUAUCCUUCAUUAUCAACCUCAUCAUCGUCUGUCUCAUCAUCAGAAUCAGAAUCAUCUCCAAAACUGUUAGUAUCUUCAUCAAAAUCACUACCUACAUCUCAAUCUUUAAUUGAUAAAUAUCUUAAAUUUAAUAAUAAAUUCAAUAAAGAUCAAUUUAAUCAAUAUUCUGAUGAUCGUUCUAAUAAUUAUUAUGAUUAUUAUUAUUAUAAUCAUCAUCAUCAUCCACGAAUGUCGAAACGUGCUGAUUUAAAAGAUUUAUCAAUUCAUAGUGAUAUGGCAUUUAUACGUAAAUUAUUCGAUCAAAAAAAUCAUGAAUUAUUAAGACUUGGAUAA